UUCCGGGUCGUCGGGCUCCGCGCUGCGCUCGCCGGCCCGGGUCGCCCGCGGGUGCGGGUGGGGGCGCGGGCUGUUCCGGGGACGCCGGUUUGAACUUUCUGUCCUGGAAGCUGCACAUCACCAUGAGGCUUGUAAUUCUUGAUAACUAUGACUUGGCUAGUGAAUGGGCAGCCAAGUACAUCUGUAAUCGCAUCAUUCAGUUCAAACCCGGGCAGGACAGAUACUUUACACUGGGUUUACCAACAGGGAGUACACCUUUAGGAUGUUAUAAAAAACUAAUAGAAUAUCACAAGAAUGGAGACCUUUCUUUUAAAUAUGUGAAGACCUUUAACAUGGAUGAAUAUGUAGGCCUUCCGAGAAAUCAUCCUGAAAGCUACCAUUCUUAUAUGUGGAAUAACUUUUUUAAGCAUAUUGAUAUAGAUCCUAAUAAUGCACAUAUCCUUGAUGGGAAUGCUACAGAUUUACAAGCAGAAUGUGAUGCAUUUGAAAAGAAAAUAAAAGAAGCCGGAGGAAUAGAUCUUUUUGUUGGAGGAAUUGGUCCAGAUGGUCACAUCGCCUUCAACGAGCCUGGAUCCAGUUUAGUAUCAAGGACGAGAUUAAAGACUCUAGCAAUGGAUACCAUUUUGGCAAAUGCUAAAUAUUUUGAUGGAGAUUUAGCAAAAGUGCCAACUAUGGCUCUAACUGUUGGUGUGGGGACAGUAAUGGACGCUAGAGAAGUAAUGAUCCUCAUAACAGGGGCGCACAAGGCAUUCGCCCUGUACAAAGCCAUCGAAGAAGGAGUCAACCACAUGUGGACUGUCUCAGCUUUCCAGCAGCAUCCGCGGACCAUUUUUGUGUGUGAUGAAGAUGCUACUUUAGAAUUAAGAGUUAAAACUGUGAAAUACUUUAAAGGUUUAAUGCAUGUGCACAAUAAACUUGUGGAUCCACUAUACAGUAUGAAGGAAGGAAAUUGAAGGAGAUUGGAGCAAAACUCUUCUUGAAUGAACAGAGCACUUUUUUUUUUAUAAGUAGCAGAUGAAUUUUCAGCUAUGCAAUGAUAAAACAUGGGCAAUUUUGAAGACUGUCAUUUUUGAAGUCCACCAUCUAUGUUAAACAUUCCAUAUUUAGAAUGUCUGUUUUACACUAGGGUUUGGAAGUAGUUAGCUCUCAAAAUUGAUUGGCUAUUUUCUUAUAAAAUAAAAAAGCCACACAGCCACCUAGAAAACAGCACAGAAAUGAAAUGUCUGCCAUUUAGAAAUUUAAAGUCAUCUUAAAGAGUCUGCGUAUCAGGUGCCAUUUGUGGCUUGGUUCCAGUGGCAUACAUAGAUUUUCGUAUCUUAAAGACGACACUCCAGACCUUUCAGGUAUCAAAAGAACUAUCAUUGCAAACCUUUCCUUUCGGAAUGCUGUCUUUGUAUUUUCUGUGCAUUAUACACAUGCUUUCUGCACGUGGUUGCCUUAGUCAUCUUCUUGCAGUAACAUCUAGCCAUCAAAAGUUAUGCUAUAUAUUGUUGGUAAAGGAAGUUCGAAGAGAUGACAGUGCCUAAAAGUACAGUUUACAUCCUUUUAGAAAGUAUGUGUAAGUGCAUGUUUUUUGUGCACCUUCUUCUAUAGCACUUUUUUUACAAAUAUCCUCUUAUUUUUAUUUAAUGUCUUGGGUUCCUGCCCUUAAUAUAGGUAUCUUGGCAACUAUGAGAUUUAUAUCUACGAACACACUUGAUGAAAUUCUUUUGGUGACUAUCAUCUGAUUGCUAAACUUCAUAAAUGAUUAGCUUUAUUCCUUAUAUAAAAAGUGUCUGCAAGGAAAAUAUGAAAUAUAUGUAAAAGGAAUUACUGUAAACUAGAUUUAUAUAAUUUGCAUAAUCAAAUCACAAAAGUAUGUUUUCUAUCUUUAACUCAAAAGCUUUCAGUAAACAAAAAAGUUAUCUAAAUUUUAUUUCUGGAACUGAAAUUACAUUGAAGAAUACAUGUAUUUGAUUCCAGCAAUUAUAGUACCUGUGAACCUGCAUUUAUUUUUGGCUUGUUGCCAUUACUCAAUUAAGAGAUUUAAAUUAAAAGACAAUGUCCCUGGCUAUACUUUCUCUGCUUGCUUCAUGGAAAGUAAAAAUAUCUUCCUUUCCCUUUGCUUAUUUUGCAUUUUAUAAGCCCAUUUAAUAGAAGCCGCCUUACUUAUGUAUCUGUAUAAUUGUCUCUGUGACUAAAAUAGUUUCUUCAAAUGUUCAAAUAGCAAAUAAAUUUAAAAUGAAAUAAAAAAAAACUUGUAAUAGGGUCUUAUGGUGAAACAGGGUAAAAUAUGCUGCUUUAAUUCCAGAUGAUGACAUUUUAAUAGCCUUACAAUUAAUGGUUUUUGAAUAACUAGUCAAUCAGCAUUUUCUACUCAGACUUCUGAUAAUAAGCAUUGUUUACUACAAACUACCCUAACGGCCUUAGGAGAUCAUAUGGUACCAUAAUGAAAAAGCUAAAGGUACCUGUUUUGGUGCAUGGUUCGACAGUUAUUUCUGUGCUUCGAACGUCUGAAAGACCUCCUUUCCACUUCACUGCCUUGGAUAUUAGGAGGCUAGUUUAGGUCCACGUACUCAAGCUUCUCGGCAAACUGCUGUUUGGCCACUUGAGUAGCUCCCUAACUCCUGAGCUAAGCUGCUUUUAAGCAAAGAACCUAGAAGCCCAUGGAAGACGGCAUAAGAGUUGGCCUUGGAAGAAACCCUCCAUUGUUGGACUCGCUGCUCUGCCAGC